AUGGCUUCUGCUUUGUUCACUCCAGUCUACAACUCAACGGAGGGCGGUAUCGGGGGCUAUGAUCUAAGAGCCUUCGCCGACCGUGCAUUCGCAUUUGACUACGAUCACAGCGGCAAGCUUGAUCACCUUGUUCUAUAUCGACCCGGAACGGGAACCAUCUGGAUCCUCAAAAAUCAGAAUGGUGUAUUCCAACCGGUCUAUCAUCAAGGCAGCCCGGGGAGUGGUAUUGGUGGUUGUGACUUGGUUCGUGCCGACCGUGCGUUCGCAUUCGACUACGAUCAUAGCGGCAAGCUUGACCAUCUUGCAAUAUAUCGACCGGGGACAUCAAAAAUGAUAACGGUAUAUUCCAACCUGUCUAUCGAAAGGAAUCUGGAAAUUGGAUUGGGGAGUAUGACCUCAGGUCUUGCGCCGACCGUGCAUUCGCUUUUGACUGUGGUCAUAGUGGCAGGCUCGACUAUCUUGCCCUAUAUCGACCGGGAAGUGGGAUGA